AUGGCAGAGAAUUUCGGAAUGACCCAGGCCAAUAAGAUCAUGCGCUACACGGUCAAAGGCUUAGAUGAGAUGCACAACCUUGCCAAAUCGCAAGGUCCUGAACUACUCAAGUUCUCUAAGUUAACUAAGACGGAGAAAUUCUUUGCAUAUUACGAUGAAGAGUCAUGGAUAGAAACUCAAGAGGCCAUCAAAUUGUAUGAGCAGGAGGUGCCUGAGGAUAAAGGGGUUUAUGAGCUUGUGUCAAAAGAAGAAACUGCUUCGGUCUACAAUCUCAAUGGCGCAUAUGGCGGGUUGAGAUUUCCUGCGGGCGUCUGCGCUCCAUACAAUCUCGUCACUGGAACGUUCAACCAGUUAUUGAAAAAGCACCGGGGACGUUUCACUAUUGAGACUAACACGCCAAUCACCGCAAUAAUUCAUCAGAAAGAAAAUGAUGAUUACCCAUACUUGAUACAAACCCCUCGCGGCUACGUCCGCGCCGCAACUGUAAUUCACUGCACAAAUGGCCAUGCGGCACAUCUUUUGCCUGGCUUGCGAGGAAAGAUGUAUCCCCGACGUGGUACAAUGUCCGUGCAGUCUCCCGGUCCUAACUUCCCGAAGAUGAGUGACAAACAAUCAUGGUCCUUCUACUUGACCCCUGCCCACGACAAGACGACCAAUGCGGUUGAGACUGGGAGAUAUUACGGGUUUCAAAACGGCGAAACAGGCGACCUCUGGAUUGGUGGUGACAAAGAUAGCAUUGAUGGUUUCAUCUCUGCUGACGACACCAAAAUUGAUAAGUUCGCGGAUGCGAACCUUCGCAAAAUGGUGCCAAGACUCUUCACCAAAAAUUGGGUUGCCGAGAGUCCAGAAGUCCGUGGCAUCUGGACUGGUAUCAUGUGCUACACUGGAGAUCAGCUCCCCUUCGUUGGUAAAUUGCCUAGCACUGCGACAGGUCGUUCUGGCAGUGGCGAGUGGGUUGCGGCUGGAUGGAAUACAUACGGUAUGACUAACGGCCUAUUGACCGGUAUUGCAUUGGGAAAGAUGAUCCUGGGUGAAGAUGUUAGCGAAUGGUUCCCUGAAGCAUAUCUGAUCACCAAGGAGAGGCUGAACGGGUCCAAAUUUAAGGUACAAGCUGUAUUAGAGGACUACUUCAAGAGAAUAGGGGCACACGACUUUGCCAUAUCAAAGUCAAAGUUGUAA